AUGAGGAGUAUAGAGGAGAGUGACUGCAGCACCACUCACAGUUUUCUUUUUGGAGCACUGGCUGAACUGCUGGACAAUGCAAGAGAUGCAGGGGCUGCAAGACUUGAUGUGUUUUCAGUGGAUAAUGAAAAACUGCAGGGUGGAUUCAUGUUAUGCCUCCUGGAUGAUGGAUGUGGUAUGAGCCCUGAGGAAGCUUCAGAUAUCAUUUACUUUGGAGCAUCCAAGAAACGAUUGUCAACCUUGAAGUUUAUUGGGCAAUAUGGCAAUGGUCUUAAAAGCGGAUCCAUGAGGAUUGGGAAAGACUUUAUUCUUUUUACAAAGAAGGAAGAAACGAUGACCUGUGUGUUUUUUUCUCAGACAUUCUGUGAAAGAGAAGGCCUUAGUGAGGUUGUGGUUCCAAUACCCUCAUGGCUAACAAGAACCAGAGAAUCUGUCACAGAUGAUCCUCAAAAAUUCUCAACGGAAUUGUCUAUAAUUUAUAAGUACUCUCCAUUUAAAACUGAAGCUGAGUUGAUGCAGCAGUUUGAUGUCAUUUAUGGGAAAUGUGGUACUUUGCUGGUUAUUUAUAACCUGAAGCUUCUGCUUAGUGGAGAACCAGAGUUGGAUGUUAAAACUGACAAGGAAGAUAUACUGGUGGCUGGAGAUUCUGAGGAUUUUCCAGAGAGAUGGUCAUUCAGAGCCUACACAUCUGUUCUCUAUUUUAACCCUUGGAUGAGGAUAUUCAUUCAGGCCAAAAAAGUUAAAACAAAGCACCUGUAUUACUGCCUCUACAAACCCAGAAAGUAUCUGUAUGUCACAUCUUCUUUUAAAGGAGCAUUUAAGAAUGAAGUUAAAAAGGCAGAAGAAGAAGUAAAGAUUGCUGAAUUUGUAUUGAAAGAAGCACAAAUCACAGUAAACCAGCCUAAUACAACUUCCUUGUCCUCUCCUGCCAAGGAUAUAUUACAGAAAGCUAUGGAAGAUGUAGAAGCAAAGUGUAAGAUUCUUAGAGAGAAACAGAGAGAAUUAAGAAAAGCAAGGACACUUUCCCUGUUCUUUGGAGUGAACAUAGAAAACCGAAGCCAAGCUGGGAUGUUCAUUUACAAUAAUAACCGCUUGAUCAAAAUGCAUGAGAAAGUGGGCCCACAGUUGAAACUGAAGUCCUUACUUGGUGACGGUGUGGUUGGAAUUGUUAAUAUACCCUUGGAGAUCAUGGAGCCAUCCCAUAAUAAGCAGGGAUUUUUCAAUGUCCAAGAAUAUAAUCACCUACUAAAAGUCAUGGGACAGUACUUGGUCCAGUACUGUAAGGACACUGGAAUCAGUAAUAGAAAUCUAACAUUGUUUUGGAAUGAAUUUGGGUACCAGAAUAACAAGGACAUGGAGACGUCUUUAGAAUCUAUUCAGCACCAAAGAAAACAAGCCAUGGCCAUCCCAUUCAUCAUUCAGUGUGAUCUUUGCCUUAAAUGGAGAGUCUUGCCGCCUUCUGUUAAUUUUCAGGAAAAAGACUUUUUUGACAUCUGGAUUUGUGCUAAUAAUCCUAACCACUUGGAAAACAGUUGUAAUAAAACAGAACGCCUACCUCUCAUCCCCUUGGGCAACAUGAACACAGUGCUACCAUCAAAAAAUGAGAAAGAGAAGCAACUUCAAGAGUCAGUCCAGAGGUACCACAAUCGACUGGCUGAACAGCAUCCACAGAAAGGAAGGAGAGUUCUUCAAAAAAUACCAGACAUUCUUUGGGUAUGUUUUUCCUCUGCUAUAGAGGAAAAUACAAAAACUCAGAAAAUCAGGCCUUUGGAUGAUGACUUGAAGCAUGAAUCUGUUGCAUCCUUUGAGCUUUUGGCCAACCACAGAGGCCUGAAAAGAAACACAGAAGCAACAGACUCUGAUGUAGAGUACAUUUCAGAGACUAAGAUUAUGAAGAAGUCUGUACAGAAGAAAGCGAAACCUCAACAACAGAGACACCCAGCAGCCCUGCAGGAGAAUGCCAGACUAGCUGAGAGAUCCCAGGCCUCUUCUUGGGAAAUGAAAAAGAAGCAGAGUCAAAACCUUGUGCACAAAUGUAAAGCUUUGAUUGAAGCUGAAACCAGCAACAGCAGCCCAGACGUAAUCCUGGUUUUAGAUGAAGGUGACACUGAUGUUUCAUUGAAACAAGAAAAAAAUGAAGUUUCUUUUAUGAAAAAAGAAAAACAGGAACUGUGCAGUGAUACUCCAGAAAUAGAGAGAAACUCUUCAUCGCUUAACUGGGAAAGUGUGCCCACGGAAGAUUUAAGUCCAAGUUCUGGACACAAAACAGAAGUUUCUGUGAGUGGUGGUUGUGAAGUUGCCUCUUCCCUGGCAAAGUUGUCUCACAGCACAUCUGUCAAGGAGACAGUAAGAAAACUGACGUCUAAUUUAAGGGAGAUUCUUCUGCAUUUUUUUCCUGAGUAUCAGCUACCACCAGACUUUGGCUAUACAUCUUUGGAGGAACUCAUAGCAAGUUCUGAGCUGGAGCAAUGCCCAGAGCAGACAAACAAAAAGCUGAAAAUGGUUUUCAAUCAGAUGCAGAAUAUUUACAUGAUCCAAUAUGAAAAAAAACUAAAGAAAAAAAUGCUGUCCAUUAUCUGUGAUGCAAAUAGAAGAGGAGUGGUUAAUGAAAUAUCUGUGGGACAAUAUGAAAGAAAAAGAAAAGUUACUGAAGAUAAACUUAAUAAUCUUCGUGUAAAACUGACUGUAUUGUUGGAGAAACUUCAGCUGGGUGGUCCAACAGGAGACCUGGAGCAGAUUGACAGUUAUUUAGAAGCUUUGCUUAAAGAAGACAAUCUCCUUUCUCACAACACUUUAAGUAAAGUAACUAUGGAUACAGGACUGGAAAACAGCGGUUUUCAAAAUUAAUAUACAAAAGACUACUGAAUCACCUAAUCUUGCAACUUGUGAUGAAAAAGACAGACCUGCCCUUUCUCUAGUAUAGCCACCACUCAGUAAGGCAGAAAAUAUAAAUCCUUAAAAAACUUUGAGGCAUAGUUUAUAUGAUAAUUUUAUUGUUAAAGAACAAAUCUAAGUUUAAUGUGAACACAUUAUACAUAUAUAAGAAUUGUGUUUUUAU